CCCACAUGUCCUGGUACCUCUUACCUUAUGUACAUUCUCAAAAUCUCACUCAAACCUAAAGUCUCGUAAGAUUACCUAAGUCGAUCGACGACGUACGCUGUUGCACAUUGGAUUCUUGUCCUCUUUCCUCUCUACUUAAUCAAACACACCUAAUAAAAACCUUUACCUUCGCUCAAGUGACUCUACUGAAAAUCGGUCAUCGGAAAUCAGAGCUGAUUCCAGUUUAUUACGUCUCCCCUCACCUCACCUCAAAUAUUCCUAGAAAAAGCUUGCUCUGUGCCUAAUACAUCCAUUUCAUUUAUUCUCCGGGGCUCCGGGUUUAUCUUCCUAUCCUAACUCACAACUCCUCAGCGUCGCAUUCGUAAAUCUGCAAACAAUCACACCGUGAUCACGUAGCCCCAUUUCAAUGAGCAGUCCGUUGAAAUGGCGGCACUUCGUCAAUCACCGAGGCUCAUCGUGGUUGCCAUUGCCGCGUUCUCCUUUGUAGCCUGCUUCCUCAUCUUCACCCCACGUUCUACAUAUUCCAACCCUCAUUCUAUUGGCCACAGUGCUUCUCGUGUCCCGCCAGCGUCCUCCCUGGGGAAGACCGAUCGAGUCUUUGACAAGGAAUACAAGGGCAACUCCUCUCCCGCGGACAUCAAUCGAGUCACCAACGAGACCUUGGGUUUUGAGAAGAUCUUCGUUGUCGGCCUCCCAGAGCGGACCGACAAACGCGAUGCCAUCACACUUACUAGCUCUUUAACCGGGUUUCGUGUUGAGUGGGUCAAUGGUGUAAAGGGCGAGACUGUCCCAGACAAAGCCGUACCGUUUGCUGCAGAUCGAAAGAAGCUCUGGGAAACGAAUCUAGGAAGUUGGAGAGGGCAUAUGAAUGCAGUUCGCAAGAUUGUCGAAUCUGACCUCAGCUCUGCCCUAAUCAUGGAAGACGACAUGGACUGGGAUGUACGUCUCAAACCCCAGUUGGAGAGGGUUGCUCAGGGCGCUAGGGCCCUUCUCUCCUCCGCCUCGAGGCCGAACUCUCCUUACGGAGAUGACUGGGAUCUCAUGUGGCUUGGACACUGCGGAGAGGUUUUCCCGGAAACCUUAGAUGAGAAUAUAGAAAAGCCCGACGAUGAUCCUAGCAUCGAAUACAUGUCGCGGAAGUUCGUUAUCGAGAAGGAUGCGACCGUGCCACCGAAGGACAGGGUUACUGGUCUCGUCAACUUUGGAAAUUAUCCGGAGUACACACGUUGGGUACAUAUCACGGGUGCUCCUAUAUGUACUUUCGCCUACGCCCUGUCGCAGCGAGGGGCUCGUAAAGUUCUCUUUGACUUGUCGGUUGACCACCUAACAGGACCUUUUGAUAACGCAUUAGCUGGACUCUGCAGACGAGCAGUUUCCACAUGGGGCAUCGAAGAUCCCGCGAUGGCUGGCGAUCGAGGACUCGAUGCAAAAUGUAUCAGUGUCACGCCACCUAUAUUCUUCCACCAUAAGGCCAGAGGUCUCAUAAAUGGUGACAGCGAUAUCCAGACCGUCAAAGACGGACAGAUUCGUGAGAAGGGUGUGACCGAGAAUAUUGUGUGGAGUGCAAGAAAUAACAUCAAGAACUUGAUCAUGGGAACCAGGAUAGAAAGCCAAUACGAAUAGAAAGUCAGCUUAGGGUUGGGCCAUCAUAAAUCCGCUAUACGCACAGAGUAUGAAAUCUCGAAAUGAUCCAUGCCCAACAUCAAAGUAUGAAUACAUCGGUGGCUGUUCAACUUUCACGGGACACGGCGGGAUGGGAAUGAAGCUCCGAAGCAAAGAACCCGCCGCAUCCGCCAUAAAAUAGGGGCACGCGAUUAUCUGUGCAGGUUGUAAAGGGAGACUAGCACCAAAUUUCAGCCUUCGGUUACUGCAUAUAGCCAGGUGAAAUCGGCUGUCCUGCGCUAGCCGUACCAAGAGAUGUAUCCACUGAUAGAAUCCGCCGCCACAAUCCGUCUCCUCGAAAGAUAAACGAAAUAUAACGCACAAUGGGAGUCUUAAGUUACAAACCUAAAAUGGCGAAUUACUUACAAGAAGUGGCGCCUGAAAUAUCAUCCAUAUGUCCUCCGAUACCUUAAGUUGAUAACAUUGUUGAAAUAUACCCCCCAAACAUAUGGUCACCCAUGCUAGGAUAAAGCUCCUCGAUGAGAAGGUUGGAAGCAAUGGAAGCAAUACGCCUUAGGAAUCAAAGUUCAUGAU